CCUGCAACUUAACACCCGAUAUACCAUGUUCUAUGCCUACUAUUUGCGACUUGGCAGUAUCUCCCUCCUUCUUGUGCGCCUCCUUGUCUUUGUCUCGUUCAGUAGAUGAGAGUCUCUCCUGCAGCUCACUCUACUCCUUUUGCCAGAGAUCAAUACCAAGAGUUUCUCUAAGGUCUGCUUCACAGUGAAGAUCAAAACCAGCCAACAUGUCUGAAGGAAAGAAAAUGACCUCCAGCCGCAGGCAUCACCUGAAGAGCUUGGUGCUGCAGAUUGCUUCUAAAUGGUUGGAGCAGGAGAAGCAGGAUGUUGCAGCUGCAAAAGAGGCUUAUCUUGCUGAGCACUGCCCUGAGCCAGACCUGAGCGGAGACCAGGCUGCCCUCAUGGAAGUCUGCAAGAAGCUCCACCAGGCCAUUGACAAGGUUGAUGAGGAAAGGUAUGACAUCGAGGCCAAAGUUCAGAAGGCAGACAAAGAAAUUGAGGAUCUGAAGUUGAAGGUGGUGGACUUGGCUGGAGUGAAGAAACCUGCCCUGAAGAAAGUACGUAUGUCUGCUGAUGCCAUGCUGAAGGCGCUGUUGGGCUCCAAACACACGGUAAACAUGGACCUGAGAGCCAACCUGAAGCAGGUGAAGAAGGAGACCAAAGAGGAGCCGACUGAGGCUAUUGGAGACUGGCGUAAAAACAUUGAAGACAAGGCUGACAGGAAGAAGAUGUUCGAGUCUGCCUAAAAUCCCUUAGGACCAGCUAGGACGAAGGACAGGGAGGCGUGCAUCUACGUGAGAGAUCCAGGAGGUUCUGAGCAUCAUUGAAGCCCCUGCCGACAUUCAGGAGCUAAAGCUCAUGUUUGGGGUUUUCUGAGACCGUGUCCGCUGAGAGACUGAACCAUACCGUAAAACACCACGCCACAUGUUCCUAAAACAUCUGGCAGAGCUGUUGUUCAAAAUGUGCCAAUUUUUAUGUAAACAGUAGAAAUAAAUAUUUUAAAAUAAUGAA